AUGGCAACAAUCUACGAGAAUAAUGAUCUUGCAACUGAGCUGAGAUUAGGGUUACCCGGUACAACAGAUAAAUCGAAGACACGUGUAUCUUCGACUAGUACUACUAAUAAAAGAUCUUUAUCAGAGAUGGACAGCUCCUCAGAUAUUAUAAAUCAAAAUGAUCAACAAGACUCCUCCCCUCCACCAAAAGUACAAAUUGUUGGUUGGCCACCAGUAAGAUCUUGCAGGAAGAAUGUUGGUGUACAAGCCAAGAAUUCAAUUGAUAUUUCCAUAGGAAUGUAUGUGAAAGUUAGCAUGGAUGGAGCACCUUACUUGAGGAAAAUUGACCUUAGGGUUUACAAAAAUUAUCAAGAAUUACUCAAAGCUUUGGAGUACAUGUUCAAGCAUCCCAUUGGUGUAUUUUUGGAAAAAGAAGGCUACACUACUAGUGGAUCUGAUUAUGUAUUAACAUAUGAAGACAAAGAUGGUGAUUGGAUGCUUGUUGGAGAUGUACCAUUGGAUAUGUUUAUUAGUUCUUGUAAAAGGCUUAGAAUCAUGAAAGAGUCUGAUGCUAAAGGUUUGGGAUGCCUAUAG